GAUCUGCUGGUCUUAGAAGAGCAGGAGGGUUCUGUGAAUUUUAAGUUUGGAGUUCUUUAUGCCAAAGACGGUCAAUUAACAGACGACGAAAUGUUCAGUAACGAGGCCGGAAGUGAAGGUUUCCAGAAAAUGCUGAACCUACUUGGAGACACCAUCACGUUAAAGAGCUGGAUUGGCUACAGGGGAGGCUUAGACACCAAAAAUGACACAACCGGAACGCAUUCAGUGUAUACAGUUUACCAGGGGCACGAGAUCAUGUUCCAUGUGUCCACGAUGCUGCCGUACUCCAGGGACAACAAACAGCAGGUAGAAAGAAAGCGUCACAUUGGGAAUGACAUCGUGACCAUCGUCUUUCAGGAAGGGGAGGAAUCGUCUCCAUCCUUUAAACCUUCCAUGAUCCGCUCCCACUUCACACAUAUUUUUGCCUUAGUGCGAUAUAACAAGCAGAAUGACAGCUACAGGUUAAAAAUCUUUUCAGAGGAAAGUGUCCCGUUAUUCGGGCCUCCUCUGCCAUCCCCACCGGUCUUUACCGACCACCAAGAGUUCAGGGAUUUUCUUCUAGUAAAAUUAAUCAAUGGGGAAAAAGCAACUUUGGAAACCCCGACUUUUGCUCAGAAAAGGCAGCGUACCCUAGACAUGCUGAUCCGCUCCUUGUACCAGGAUCUGAUGCCCGAUCUACAUAAG